AUGGCUCACAAGGAAUUCUAUGAUAAGUUCGAUGUGGGCGCAGAAAAAUGCAAAGAUAACUGCACAGAGAAAGUAGACACUGCUCUUGUUUCAAUUAAUGAUACAGAUGGUCUUAGAAAUAAAAUUGAAGCAGCAUGGUACUACGUAUCCUAUAUGUAUAAAGGAAAAGACAACUCAUCCAAUGAUGCACCGUGUCAUUUCCUAUACUACUGGAUAGGACAUGAAUUAUUUGAGAGCCCUGCAAGCGGAAAUUCCAAUGUUUCCCUACAAGCUAUUUGCAGUGCUAUAAAUGAUACAUAUCAGAACCAUAAAUGUGAAAUUGCUUGUGCACCUAUUGACAAGGAGGAGUUCGACGAGAGAAAAAUAAUAAAUGAUUUCUCUUAUGACUUCAGCAAUAUAAAAGAAUAUCUACAGCACUAUAAUAAUAACCACAAUACGGACUUCAACACAUACAUCGAUAAAGUUCAAGCGGCCACUAAAUUUAUGGACGCCAAGUGUGGGGGGACCGAGGGUGGAUACUGUAAACAAUUUUGGCCAAAUCAUAAGGAUGACAUUCAAAAGAAAUUACAAGACUUGAAAACUGAAUUAACAACUGCACAAGAAAGAAUAGCCGAGGCAACAAAAGCAGCACAAACAGCAGCAUCCUUAGCAAAAGACGAAGCCGUUCGUUCUGCUACUACCACCUCUUCUCUUUCUUCUAUCUUUGGUACCUUAGUAACUACCACCCUUGUUCCUUUCUUAUUAUACAAAGUAAGCAACAAAAAAUUUCAAAAUUUAAAAAAAUAA